UUGAAACGUCUAGACGUAAAAUCAGUUUGACAAUGUUUAGCAGCAAGCAGUGCUUAGUAGUAGUGCUAGCAGUACUUUUAACUUUUGCCUGCGUGCAAGCAACGCCUAUGCUAUAUAGACGUAAUCCAGAUGAAAAGUAUGAAGCGGACUUGGUGGCCGUCUCCUCAACGGUUAUACCACUGACUGUGCUCGAGGUUAGCUACGGCGUGGGCGGCAAGCCAAGUGAGGAAUAUAAAGCAGCUUAUAUACGCAAGCUGCGGCAACAGGUGCUGAGGCGUAAAGGUGCAGGAGGAGCCGCCGCAGAGGCAGAGGCUGCGUCCAUUGGCGAGGCAACAAUCACUGAGCUAUUGCCAGCAACUGCUCCAAGUGAUGCAGAUGCGCUAAUCACUGUCAAGUCGCGUCAAAAGGCACAGGUCAAGGCCACCAAUUAGCCAAGUCUACAACUCAAUAACAAGCUGUUAACUGUUAUUCGCAAUCGUUGUUGUUAUGUCAGCGUAACGCGUUGCGUUGGUUGUUUAAUGGCAAUGAUAUCAUUGCGUAGCUAAUAAACUAUAAAUAAUACAUACGAACAAGUUGCUAUACACCCACGACUUUGACUGAUCGGCGAGCUCUGUUCGUUCGAAAGUUGUCUGGACAAAGAUCGUCUUCAGUUGAAUUUUGAUAAACGUAGGCGUAUAUACUAGUUAAAUAUUUACGUACGUACAGCUAUUAAUCAACAUAAAAAAGGCAAUUAAAUUACUCAGCGUUG